AUGGGUAUUCUCGAAAAAAUAUCGGAAAUCGAAAAGGAAAUUUCCAGAACUCAAAAAAAUAAAGCUACCGAAUACCAUUUGGGCUUAUUAAAAGCCAAACUAGCCAAAUAUCGUGCUCAAUUGUUGGAACCAUCUAAAAAACAAGAAAAAGGAGAAGGAUUUGAUGUGUUGAAGUCUGGUGAUGCUAGAGUGGCUUUGAUUGGUUUUCCAUCUGUUGGUAAAUCAACCCUUUUGAGUACGUUGACACAUACAGAAAGUGAAGCAGCUUCUUAUGAAUUUACGACUCUGACUUGUAUUCCUGGAGUAAUUGAAUACAAGGAUGCCAAUAUUCAGCUAUUGGAUUUACCUGGUAUCAUUGAAGGUGCAUCUCAAGGAAAAGGACGUGGUAGACAGGUUAUAGCAGUUGCCAGGACUGCAGAUUUAGUAUUGAUGAUGUUGGAUGCUACAAAGCAAGAUAUUCAGCGUCAAUUAUUAGAAAAAGAACUCGAAAGUGUUGGAAUACGUUUAAAUAAACGGAAGCCAAAUAUUUAUUUCAAGGUAAAGAAAGGUGGUGGAUUGGCAUUUAAUGCCACUUGCCCAUUAAGCAGAGUUGAUGAAAAACUAGUUCAAGUGAUUUUACAUGAGUAUAAAAUAUUCAAUGCAGAAGUACUAUUUCGAGAAGAUUGUACACCUGAUGAACUGAUUGAUGUGAUUUCUGACAAUCGUGUUUACUUACCAUGUAUGUAUGUUUACAACAAAAUUGAUCAAAUAUCUAUCGAGGAAGUUGACAGGAUUGCCAGACAACCUAACAGUGUUGUAGUCAGCUGUAAUAUGAAGCUAAAUCUUGACUAUUUACUGGAAGUACUGUGGCAAUAUUUAUCAUUGAUUCGAGUAUAUACUAAAAAGCCAGGGCAACCACCAGAUUUCGAUGAUUGUUUAAUUUUAAGAAAAGGUGUUUCUGUGGAACAUGUUUGUCAUUCAAUACAUCGUACCUUAGCAGAACAAUUUAAAUAUGCUUUAGUUUGGGGCACAAGUACAAAAUAUUCACCUCAAAGAGUGGGUCUGCAGCAUAUUAUGCAUGAUGAAGAUGUUAUACAAGUUGUGAAAAAAUAA